CUCGGGGUCCCAUUUGAUUGGAAGGCGGCAAAGGCUUUAAUCUCAGACUAAUUCAGCUGCUUUUGAAGUGAGUUUCUUUGCCAGAUCCCGGGCUGGAUGGGCAGCGGCUCGCAUCACAGCUGAGCGGCGGAGGCGAGCGCUCCGCGCCGCGCCAGCCGGGGGAGCUGAGAGCGGCCGAGGGGGACCGCGGCACACGCUCGCAGCCCCCACCCCCGCCCCCAGCACAGCCCAAGGAUUACUCGGCUUUUUUUCCUCCUCUUUCUCUCCGGCCGGCUCCCCCUUUCCCUCCCCCUCCCCACCCACGCCCUCCCCGCCAGAGAGAGCCACGGGACAUUGUAUGUUUGUUUUUCUGCUCGGGGGGCGUGUGGCUUUUUUCCUUUCUCGCCCGCAGAAAGCGAGCGAGCGUUUCCGAGUGCGAGCGGCGCCACUUGCCCCAGUUUUCAUGCGAGGUUUUGGGUCAUGAUCACAUCGCCCUCGCUUUCUGCUAUAAGAAGUAGUAAGCGCAGCAGCAGCCUCAGCGAGCCCGGAGGCAGCCCCCGCCGCAGCCGCAGCGCCGCCGACCUCGCCGGGCCGAACGGGCACGCUGGGAAUAACGGCAGCAGCGCCGCCGCCAAGCCCUGCUUCCACGCAGUCCCCCCCUCGGACCCGCUACGCCAAGCCAACCGCCUACCCAUCAAAGUCUUGAAAAUGCUCACGGCGCGGACUGGACACAUUUUACACCCUGAAUACCUGCAGCCUUUACCCUCCACGCCCGUCAGCCCCAUCGAGCUGGAUGCAAAGAAGAGCCCCCUGGCCCUUUUGGCACAAACUUGCUCUCAGAUAGGGAAGCCGGACCCGUCCCCUUCCUCCAAACUCUCCUCGGUCACCUCCAAUGGCUCCGGAGGCGACAAGGACUCCAAGUCGGGCCCCUUGAAGCUCAGCGACAUCGGCGUGGAGGACAAAUCCAGCUUCAAGCCGUACUCCAAGCCGGGCGCGGAGAAGAAGGAGCCGGGGGCGGCGGGCUGCGCGGGCGCCCCCGCCGCGGGGGUCGCGGCCGGGGAGAAGUCGGGAUUCCGGGUGCCGAGCGCCACCUGCCAGCCGUUCACCCCAAGGACAGGCAGCCCCAACUCCAGCGCCUCCGCCUGCUCGCCCGGGCUGCUGCCGGCCGAGGACAAAGGCGGGGAGGACAAGAAGGACUCGGAGGGCUGCGGAAAGAGCGGCAGCUCCGGCUCGGAGGGAGGCCCGGGCACCACCAGCAUCAGCCACAGCCGGAUUAGCGUGAGCUGUGCCGGGAUUAACGUGGAGGUCAACCAGCAUCAGGAGAGCACGCCGGGCUCCAAGCCCAUCGCAUCGGACUCCGCCUCCUCCUGCAGCAGCACCACCGCCACCUCCUCCACCUCCGUUCUGGGCUCCGGCCUCGUGGCCCCCGUCUCCCCUUACAAGCCGGGCCAGACCGUUUUCCCCUUGCCCCCGGCGGGCAUGAGCUACCCGGGGACGCUGGCUGGAGCCUACGCCGGCUACCCGCCACAGUUCCUGCCGCACGGAGUGGCUCUGGACCCCACCAAAUCCUCCAGCCUGGUGGGGGCCCAGCUGGCCGCCGCCAGCAGCCUGGGCUGCAGCAAGCCGGCGGGGUCGAGCCCGCUGGCGGGCGCGUCGCCGCCGUCGGUGAUGACGGCGAGCCUGUGCCGAGACCCGUACUGCCUGAGCUACCACUGCGCCAGCCACCUGGCAGGCGCCGCCGGAGCCUCCUGCGCCCACGACCAAGCCCUCAAGUCCGGAUACCCCCUCGUCUACCCCACCCACCCUUUGCACAGCGUCCACUCCUCGCUGACCGGCGCCACGCCGCCUUCGCUAGCCGGCCACCCUUUGUACCCCUACGGCUUCAUGCUCCCCAACGACCCCCAGCCACACAUCUGCAACUGGGUGUCGGCCAACGGACCCUGCGACAAGCGCUUUGCCACCUCGGAGGAGCUGCUUAGCCACUUGCGGACCCAUACUGCCUUCCCAGGCACCGAUAAACUCCUCUCCAGCUACCCCAGCUCCUCGUCGCUGGCCAGCGCAGCGGCUGCGGCCAUGGCGUGCCACAUGCACAUCCCCACGACGGGCGCCCCGGGCAGCCCGGGCACGCUGGCCUUGCGCAGCCCGCACCACGCGCUGGGACUCGGCAGCCGCUACCACCCGUACUCCAAGAGCCCCCUGCCCACCCCCGGGGCCCCCGUGCCCGUGCCCGCUGCCACUGGACCCUACUACUCCCCUUACGCACUCUAUGGGCAGAGACUCACCACAGCCUCGGCCCUGGGGUACCAGUGAGUGCAGGCAGCGGGGCUUUGACACACAACACAAAGUCUAGCGGUAAGGGAAGGAAGCCCUGCGAAACUUUAUAAAAGUUGGAAAGAAAAUAAAAAAAUCUGACUUUUUAUAAAAUAGUGUUCAUUUGAGGACUGGAUCCAUGAGCACUGUAUUUAUUUAUGUUAGCUUCAAGCGGGACAACGAAUCAUAAAGUGCAUUACUAAACUGAGCUCAAUAGGUAAAAGUGGAACACCCAUUGUAGAAUAUAAAUAAAAAGAUAGAGGUCUUCUCUUUAAUGUUACUUUAAAAUUGCUAUGAUUGUAUUGUACGUUCUUAUUUAAUGUCUCAUUGAAACAAAAAAAUUUACAUGCAUGUUUGUUACUAAAAACAACUCGCAAUUUGUCAGUUAUAAUUUCAAAUUGCAAUUAUUUUUAAGGUGUAUACCCUUGAAAGAGAAUUGGUAUUUUUUUGUAUGUAUUCUGGAAGAAAAAACAAAAACAAUUCUAUUCCAAAAACCUCAUUUGCCUUAUUUUGUUCUUUAAAAGGAACACUUAACUAUUUUUAAUUUUUAAGUCCACCCUGUAAAAAGGGUUAAGUAAGGUUUACGUCAUGUACUAAAAUAGACAAUGUAUCGCUUUAAAGAUUAAAAUUCCGUAUAUUUGAUGUAUUAAAAGGUUUUACUUUUUUUUUUUUUGAAUACGCUUUGAUUCUGUUAUAAAACCCGAGUAGGUCUUGGAUGGAGGUGACUGCUAAUUUCUCCUUAAGCGUUUAUUCAAUUUUAAUUAAAAAUUAAAAAAAAAAACAACCAAAGUUUUUUUUUUAUUGUAACCCCAGGGCUCUCUUAAAAAAUAAUCAGACACAGUUGGUUUUUUUCCUCGUCAGUAGAAUUUUCUGGCACGAAAUAAGAAAACUGAGAAUCGCUUAAAUCUCUUUCCCUGUCUUUAAAGAAGGUAAACUUAUAUUUUAAAUGUUUUUAUUGUGAAAUAUCUGGUUUUUAAAACUAGUUUUCAACGAGAUUUUGGUUUUUCUUUAGAAAGAAACGGGUAAGGCAAGACUGUUUUGUAAAAGUGUAAGAUGAUUAUCCGAAAGCUUUUUUUUUUUUUUAGCAAUGUAAUGCAUACCUAUUCAUCUCUUUCUAAAUGAGAAGUUCAGAAGUAAUUAGGGAAGCGCUGUUUGAGCUCAUCCAGUUAUUUUCAAUUUCUCUCUUCAGUUCGCACCGCAGCACAAAAGAUCGUCACGUAAAAACAAAAAAAAAAAUCGGCCAGCUCUUAAAACUCAUUUUCUUUUAAAAAGGAAGGGACGGGAAAAAAAAGAAGCCAUCCGGUAUUCGGGCCAAGUUUGCUCUUUACUGAAGUGCCAAACUUGACGUGAUCCCGAGAGGGGCUGCCCCUGCCUGCACCGCGUCUCUGCCUACCCAGCCCGGGUUUCCUCCUAGCGCCCAAGAGCCACCGCCCAGCUCCGGCUCGUCGUCCUGCGUUCAGGUAGGAGCGGGGGCUGCCACGGAGCAGCCAGAGCAGCUACCGAAACUGCGGAACAAACCGUUGCCGCCGAGAUAGUCGGAAAAGCGAUACCCAAGUCCGUAAGAGCAAUGCCAGGGAAGGGCUUUGCCCCGCGCUCUGCCAGGCGGAGCCGGGUACCUGCUGCCCCUCGCUCGGCCCCGCUCUUCCCGCCCCGGCCCCAGCGCGACGCGCUGGCGGGGGGCAAAGUUGCAAGCGGCGACUUUGCUUGACAAAUCACUGGGGUUUUCUCCCUCGUUCUGGAUUCCCCCCACAAUAUAAUUACUGUUCAGAGUUUCCCGUGGUGCCCAGAUGCUAAUUAGUCUAAUACAUUUACUCCAGAUAAUUAGUGGAAGUUAGCGUUAAUGUGCAAAGGCGAGAAAAGCAGCAAGCUACUGAAGCUCCGGCGGCCGCCCGGCCGUCCCGGCACGGCUCUCCGGGCCAGGCCCGCGGCGGGGGCCGGGACACACGCGGGGAGGCCGGUGCUGGGCCGCGCUGCGGCUCUUUCGGGACGCUGUCCGAAAGCAGCACGGGAAAUGCUUUGCGGUUGAACCAAACGUGUUCCCCCCCGCCCGCCUUAAAUGGGAAAGGGACCUUUGCGUAUCUCUGCUUUAGGAAAUGUAAAACGAGCUCUCGUUCUGAACGGAUGAGUUAGAGAAAGGGAAGAGAGGGCAGUGCUGUUAACUGCACCGAGUAAACUUCAGUUAUAAAAUAAGAAGCGGAUACAAACAGAGAAAGUAAUUGAAAGAAGGGCUUCUCGGGUCGGGGGUGAUGGUGGCGGAGGAUUCAUCCGGCGAGCCCGAGAAAGGCAGACCAAGCUCGCAGUCCUCUCUGUAUGCCGCACGCUCCCCGCUCUCUCCUGCAGCCCGGCCAGACUGCCUUCCCCGCUUUGCUAUUUUAACUACACUUAAUUUGAGGAAAAUUACAUUUCAGGCUCCAUCUGGGUGUGCAAGCAACAAUUACAGUUUUGCCGCGAUUAAAACACCACCAUUGCCACGUUCCUCUCCUGUUCGUGUGUUUUACAAUUACGGAUCUUGAACAGCUGCAGCUCAGACUUCGCUAGCCAAAUCCCAUCGCCCAUCAGGUGUUGCAGGGGCGAUUUAAAAAGAGCGAGGGAGGCAUUUGUGUCCUGGAACCCUAACUACAGUUUUGGGGAUUUCAGCUCUGAAAGGUUACACACAAAGAUUGCUGAUGCAAGUGGUGAAAUGAACACUUAAUGCUAUUAUUACUGUUUUCCUCAGAUGCUGUCCCCGAGGUUAAAGAAAAAUUAAAACACCUUAUUUUAUAUGUAGAGUGGUGAUAAGUAGGUCUCUCUUCCAGCCUUGUUAAGUAUGUGACCUGGCAAGUGCCACCUAGAAUUUUGAUAUUAAUUUAUUAAAUUCGGCUUUUUUUCUAACAGAGAUUGACUUAUGGACAUUGAUGUUUUUAGGUAAAAGGACUACAUUUGUUAUUCCUCACCACCCCCCCGAACACCCCCCCGUUCUUACUAACUGGAUGGGUUGUGGAUUUGACAGCAGCCGCUGGUCCAUGCCACCGAACUAAAAUAAUUUCACAGUGAAAAACCAGCUUGAGAGGACAAGCAACAGAAGGGCAAAACCCAUCAAAACCCGAAACUGUGAUCAAUCUGACCAGAGUCAGGCAUACAUUAGUUUAAAUUAAACAGUUUUGUCUUUCUCACAAAUCUUUUUUGAACAUUAAAGAUUGUAUCAUGUAAUAUUUAAAUCAACUCUUGUCAGAUGCUAAGUGCAACUGAGGAACCAAAAUAAAAAUUAAUGCGUUUCCAUCCACUCUCAGUGGCUUACUUUGGAUGCCACUUCGACAAAAUACUUCUGAUAAGCAGCGGUUAGAAAAGAAGGGUCCUGUUUAUCUUAUCUAUGGGGAAAUGUAAUUAAGGUAGUUUUGUGAAACAAUAAAACACCAGACUCCACAGA